AUGAGCAAUAAGUUUGGCAACUUCGACAUUCACUUUUACAACGGCAAGGACGAAGUCGCCGACGAUGGCGUGCUUGUCAUCAACUCGAAGAACCGGGCGGCGUCGAACCACCCCGAGUUUUUGCCCACCUGGGACCCGUCGCAAAAGUACGGGCCGUUGACGUUUUUUAAGCACGAAGACCCCGGCCACCGUGCCGACAAGCAAUUGCUGAACUUGUUCAAGUACGGCUUGGACGACGCCGGCAACCCCAAGUCGGGCGACGACUACACCUCGCGUCGGAUCACUCCCAAGUUCGGGACUGAGGUCCGUGGUCUCCAGAUCUCCGAAUUCACCGACGAGCAAAAGGAUGACUUGGCUCUCUUUGUCGCUCGCCGGGGUGUCGUCAUUUUCAGAGACCAAGACUUUGGCGACAAAGGUCCCGAGUUCGCCGUCAACUACGGUAAGCACUUUGGCCGGUUGCACAUCCACCCCACUUCGGGGGCUCCUCGGGGCCACCCUGAGUUGCACAUCACCUACCGUCGUCCUGACGAAGGUGAAUUCGAACGGGUGUUCGCCAACCGUAACAACAACGUCGGCUGGCACUCCGACGUGUCCUACGAGCUCCAGCCUCCAGGGACCACUUUCUUCUCGGUGCUUGAAGGUCCCGACGCUGGUGGUGACACCAUCUUUGCCGACACUGUCGAAGCCUACAACCGGUUGUCGCCGGAGUUCCAAAAGAGAUUGGAAGGGUUGCACGUGUUGCACACGUCGCUGGACCAGGCCAAGGACUCGACCAAGCUUGGCGGCAUCGAGCGCCGGAAGCCGGUGCUGUCGAUCCACCCGUUGGUGCGGGUCCACCCCGUCACCGGCGACAAGUGUAUCUACUUGAACAAGCCGUUCUCGAGAAGAAUCGUCGAGUUGAAGGAAGAGGAAUCGAAGUACUUGCUCGACUUCUUGUACUGGGUGAUUGAAUCGUCGCACGACUUGCAAUUGCGGGCCAAUUGGGAACCGAGAUCGGUGGUCAUCUGGGACAACCGGAGAACGGUGCACUCGGCCAUCAUCGACUGGGACACCCCCGUGUCGCGCCACGCCUUCCGCAUCACUCCGCAAGCGGAACGUCCCAUCGCCGACUUGAAGGACUUGAACAAGGCCGAAGUCGACGUCGGUGACUUGGAACGCGCCUUGAACAACUUGUAA